AUGGAGCGAAGAUCUGUUUUUGUAGUUGGAGUCGUCGUGCUAGCUUUUCUCUCGGUUUCGUUGCCUGCUACUGCUGAUAUUGUGGAAACUUCAUUCGAUGUGAAAAAUUUAACGGUGAACAGAUUAUGUCAAAAUCAAGUAAUCACAGCGGUCAAUGAUAGCCUUCCCGGACCGUCUUUAAUGGUUAAGGAGGGUGACACCGUUAUCAUACAUGUCUUUAACAGAUCUCCAUACAACCUUACCAUUCAUUGGCAUGGAGUGUUCCAAAGAUUAAGUCAAUGGGCAGAUGGUCCUGAAUUUGUGACUCAGUGCCCAAUCAGGCCAGGAGGUAACUAUACUUACAGGUUCAACCUGACGGGUCAAGUGGGUACACUUUGGUGGCACUCACACAGUUCAUGGCUUAGAGCAACCGUUUAUGGUGCUCUAGUCAUUCGUCCACGAGAUGGCCAGCAAUACCCUUUUCCCCAACCCUUCCGUGAGGAUACAAUUUUGCUAGGAGAAUGGUGGAAUACUAACCCUAUCGAUGUUGUGAAUGCUGCCCUAGCUAAUGGAACGACACCAGUUGAGUCCGACGCUUAUACCAUCAACGGUUGGCCCGGGGAUUUAUUUAACAACUGCCUUUCAGUUUCAAAUAAUACGUAUAGACUAGAUGUGGUACCAGGAAACACAUAUUUGUUGAGAAUAAUAAACGCUGCAAUGAAUGGUCAAUUCUUCUUCAAGAUAGCAAACCAUAACCUGACCGUGGUUGGGGUAGAUGCAGCCUACACCGACCCCUACGUAACAGACGUAAUCCUUGUUGGUCCCGGUCAAACCACCGAUGUCCUACUGACCGCAGACCAACCACCGGGAUUGUACUAUAUGGCUGCCCGUCCAUACGCAAGUGCAAUCGGUGUUACAAUCAACAGCAACACCACCACCGCAAUCCUUGCCUACCAGAACACCACUAGUACCACCACGCCUCUUCUUCCGGUCCUACCCGCCUUAAACGACACACCGACAGCCUUUACGUUUUCAAGCAACCUAACGGGGCUUGUCACUAGUCCCUUCUGGUCGCCGGUUCCAGCAACUGUGGAUGAGAACAUGUUUGUCACCAUGGGGCUGGGGCUAUCGGAUUGUGGCUCAAACCAAACUAAUUGUGGGGGGUUAUUCUUUCAAAGGAUGUCAGCAAGCAUGAACAACAUUUCAUUCGCUUUACCAACAAGAAUGUCUCUGUUGGAAGCCCAUUUUAGAAACAUUAGUGGUGUUUACACAACAGAUUUCCCGGAUCAGCCACCCGUGGUAUUUGAUUACACGGAUACAAAUAAUAGCUUUAAUAUGGGUCUCAUCAUGACGCCAAAGAGGACAAGUGUGAAGAGUGUCAGGUUUAAUGCCACCGUUGAGAUGGUAUUACAGAACACAGCCUUGAUAGGUGUCGAAAACCAUCCAAUGCAUUUGCAUGGGUUCAAUUUCUAUGUGUUGGCGCAAGGGUUUGGAAACUACAAUUCCACAACUGACUCCUCCAAGUUCAAUUUGGUCAACCCCCAAGAACGGAACACGCUCGGGGUUCCUGUUGGCGGUUGGGCUGUCAUCAGAUUCCGCGCUAAUAAUCCAGGUGUGUGGUUUUUUCAUUGUCAUUUGGAUGUACAUUUGCCAUGGGGUUUAGCCAUGGCUAUCCAGGUGGAAAAUGGUGGCACACCGGAAUCAACCUUGCCACCGCCGCCGGCAGAUUUUCCUCAGUGCUAGCCAGCCAUCCGGCCGGGAUAAUUAAAUUACUUAAAGGUCGUCAUUGUUCAUACAAAUUACGGGAUCGAAUUGCAUACAUGCAUGAUUAAUGAACAUUAUUAAUAAACUGUCGAUCGGAACGUAUAUC